AUGUUUAAGAAAUAUACUGAUUCCGAUUCUUCUGACGAUUUUGGUUAUCAACGUCGUCAACGCGGAAGGAAACCGACGAACGAAAGCAAAUUCAAUCCGAUCAACGAACAUCAAGAAUAUUCGAAAGUAUAUUCAACUGAUUCCAAAUCAACAAUAGUCGAUGAGAAUCAUCCGGACAAGCCUUGCAAAGCUUGUGUUGAUUUCAAAGAUUGGCUGAGAAAAGGUGUCGAUACUCAAACGGAACAAAAACCACAAACAGUUGAACAACAAAUCUCAAUUAAUUCUCAAUGUCCAUUGAUGCGUGAUGAUCUAGGUCGAGCAUCAUGGUCAUUACUGCACACUAUGGCUGCUUAUUAUCCGAUGAAACCAAAAGAAGAAGAACAACAAUCCAUGUCGGAGUUUAUUUGUUCAUUUUCGAAAUUGUUUCCGUGUCCGGAAUGUCGAACAGAUUUUCAAGAAGAAAUUAGUAAAUCUCCGCCGGACUUAUCAAGUCGUCUUGGCCUUUCGACAUGGAUGUGUAAUCAGCAUAAUAUUGUGAAUAAAAAACUAGGUAAACCCGAGUUUGAUUGCCGACAAGUGUUAGAAAGAUGGAAAGAUGGACCAGCGGACGGUCGAUGCGAUUGA